AUGUCAUGGUAUGGUUGUAGGAAAACGUUUGGAGAUGACGUGGGACUGGUGACUAGAGACAUCAGUGUGUCAGUGAACGCGCGCAUCCUGAUCAUGACCACUGAAAUUCUCCUUAAAAUGGUACGCAAUGCCUCAAUCGCAGACAUCGUGUCUGUCAUCAUGGACGAGGAGCAGUUGCUGCUCAUGCUGCUGCAAAACGUGACGUUGGUGUUGCUUAGUGCCACCCUGCCAAACGUCGUAGAGUUUGCGGAUUGGCUCGGUCGAGCACGCGGUGGAAGUGAAAUCCACGUGUGUCAGACGCUGAAACGGCCCGUGCCCCUGCAGCAAUACCUGUACACGGGCCGUGACAGGCGAAUCCGCAACAAACUACCUGGUGGUGAAGAAGGAAGGCCAAUUUAG